CACACAAUUCACUGAUUAGUUGAAAGCCGCCACCAAAUCAAAGAAGCGCUAUUCUAUCAUGUCGUACUUUCCAAAGGGAUACCACGGCGCUGGCGAUGCGCUCGACGACUUCGACAAGUUUGACCCCUCCGUGUACGGUGGAGGGUAUGAAAUCGCAUUGACUUACGGCCGCUCACUUCCGCCGUCGGAGGAGACAUGCUAUCCCAACACCUCUGGUUCCGACGAGUUUGACUAUGAUCGUCUUCAGUACACCUCCUAUGCUGAACCAUCCGCCUAUGCUAAUGAGGCUCUGGAGAAUGAGUACAAGAGCUAUGUACGUUGUAAGCCCCGACCUGCGCCGCCUGUGUAUGCUGGAGCGCCACCGCCGGUUGGAUAUGGGUAUGAUGGGCCCAGGCCUAAUUAUGGGUUUCAGCCUGGUGGAGGGAGCGAGUAUGGUGGUGGUCCACCUGGAGGGUUCGGAUCUGGAAGACCUGAAUAUGGUUACACUUACGAGAGGCCCGGGUUGGAGUUUGGUCGAAAACCAGAGUACCAGGCACCAGGUUCUGAAUAUGUAUCUGGUUAUGGUAGGAAACCGCAGUACGAGGAGCCAAAAUACGAGGUACCCAGUUCUGAAUACGGAUCCGGCCAUGGGAGGAAACCACAGUUCGAGGAACCCACCUCUGAAUACGGAUCAGGGUAUGUUAGAAAGAGUGAUUACGAGGAACCCCCUUCGGAGUACGGAUCCGGUUACGGCAGAAGACCCGGGUCGGAAUAUAGUGAACCUGUGGUUUAUGGGAGGAAGAGUGAGUACGAGGAGCCAAGUUCUGAAUAUGGGUCCGGCUAUGUGCUGAAGACGGAGUCUGAGUAUGGAGCAGGUGGGUAUGGAAGGAAGACUAGCCAUGGAGAAGAGGAAGGUGGUGGGGGUUAUGGGUAUGGUGGGAAGUCCGAAAGGACUGAGUAUGGAGAGGAGAAGUAUGGGAGGUCUGAGGAGGAAUACAGGAAGCCCAGCAAGAAAUAUGGUGGUGAAAACUCUGACGAGGAGGAUGAGGAGAAGCGCCGCCACAAGCACCACCACCACCAUCACCAUCACCACCACCGCAAGCACUCUGAUGAUUAAGCUGAACGUUUGUGGCCCUGUGAAGAGAAUUCCUGCCAUAUUAAUCUACUAAAUAAAGGCAGGUGUAUAAGUGUAUUAUCCUUGGAACGUGUUCUUUUCAGUGUAUUUGGUUUUAUGGAUGUGUGAAGUUUUAUGCUUUUACGUGGUAAUGGAUUACUCUGUAUGGGACAGUAUUUCUUAAA